AUGAGUUCCAUCUCUAAUGAUCUCAUUGCGGAGAUAUUCUCGAGAUUGCCUGCAAAGUCAGUCAGGAGGUUUCGUUGCUUGUCGAAGGUAUGGUGUUCUAUGUAUCACCGUCCAUACUUCACGAAGUUGUUCUUGACCAGGUCCUCUGCUCGUCCACGUCUCUUAUUCGCCGUCCAUGAAUAUCAUAAAUCUGAGUGGAGUUUCUACUCGUCGUCUCAGCCUCAGAAUCCAAACGAGAAGUCGUCUUCUCUUGCAGUAGACGUCGGUUUCCGGUUGAAGUUCCCUGAAGACACGUGGUCAUACUUUUGUGGCUAUGCCUCUGGUUUGAUCUGCUUCCGUCAUACGUCACCCUCGGAAGAAGAUGAGGGUUCAGUGCUUGUACUAUGUAACCCUAGCACAGGACAGUAUGAGAUCUUAUCUAAACUUGGAAGGGACGUCAACAGCUCGAGAAACUAUUUAGGGUUUGAUCCGAUUGACAAGCAAUUCAAGGUGUUGUUGGUCUGGGCUGAUUCAACUUGUCAUAAUGGUGAUUUUAGAGUUCUGACAUUAGGAACUGGAAAAAUGAAUUGGAGGAAGAUCCAAUGCCCUUUAGCCCAUGAGCCUUACCCGGAUCUUAAAGGAAUAUGCAUCGAUGGGGUUUUGUAUUACAUAGCAUAUCAUGAAACGUAUAAUAAGAAGAUGAUAGUUUGCUUUGAUGUAAGGUCUGAGAAAUUCAAGUUUGUUGACACAGAAGGCUUUUAUGAUCAAUUGAUAAACUAUAAGGGUAAGUUAGGUGUGAUUAAGGUGUUUUAUUCUGACCUUAGUAAUGGAAGGCGAAGGCGUACCCUUGAGUUGCGUAUGCGUGUUCUUGAGGAUGUGGAGAAACAAGAAUGGUCAAAACAUCAUUACUACACUUUGAUGGUUGAUUGA